AUGUUUCCGGACUAUGUCCGAAGCGAUGCCUACAUCGAAAAGUUUACGAGGACCAUGAUGACCUUUCAAGCCUAUGCCCGGGAGAUUGAUUACUGGAAGCAUUUGGAUCAUGACUUCAUCGCUCUGGGCCACGCCAACCUCAACGUAGACAAUGCCUACUUCUGGCGAGAUGAGCAUGGCAAGCUG